GGACUGUCGCUGGAGUCGUGUCUUUCCUGUUUACGGGCGGGAAGAGCGAAAGAAACUGAAGCUCGGUCUGUUCUGCACCGUUAUGCUGUGAUAUUCAGCGCGCAGUUGUUUUUAUUUAGAACAUAGCUUAUCCGUUUACAUUAUUUAUGACAGACGCAAUUUCAGGUGACCUGGAUAUAUAUCUGAAUUGGGCUGUGGAGUAAAGUUGAAAGGAAUUUGAAGAGGAAAUAGAUGGAGGACCCUGCAGAUUCCGGCGGUGGCGGUGCAGCAGAGGGCCCCAUGGUGCAAGUGGCAGAGAUCUGCUGUCCUGUCGGUGCACGUCCUCUGCGGUUGCUUGAGUGGAAAGUCAAACCCGGGUCACUCGUCAAUGUCGAUUCUGUUCUUGCGAUAUGUGCUCCUAUUCCGCUGGAAAAGGAGUCCGGCACCGAUGCACUAGAGCAGCAGAAAAGACUGCCAGAAAAGAAGCUGAAAUCAAACCGUGCUGGAGUUGUCAAGGAGCUCUGCUGUCAACUUGGGCAAGUCAUAUCGCCAGGUGGUGUCAUCAUCAGAAUAGAAGAAUGCAGCCAUCCCAUAGUGAUGAAGGGGCUGUGCGCUGAAUGUGGACAGGAUCUAACACAGCUACAGAACAAGAAUGGGAAGCAGCAAGCGCACAUCUCCACGGCAACCGUCUCUAUGGUGCACAGUGUGCCUGAGUUGAUGGUCAGCUCAGAGCAAGCAGAGCAGCUGGGUAGAGAGGACCAGCAGCGGCUGCACAGGAACAAGAAGCUGGUUCUGAUGGUGGAUCUGGACCAGACGUUGAUCCACACCACCGAACAGCACUGCCAGCGAAUGUCCAACAAGGGAAUCUUCCACUUCCAGCUGGGGCGCGGAGAGCCCAUGUUACACACCCGACUGCGGCCGCACUGCAAGGACUUCCUGGAAAAAAUAGCCAAGCUCUAUGAGUUGCACGUCUUCACUUUUGGGAGUCGCCUGUACGCACAUACCAUUGCAGGUUUUUUGGACCCAGAAAAGAAACUAUUUUCACACCGCAUUCUCUCGAGAGACGAGUGCAUCGACCCCUACUCCAAGACGGGGAACCUUAGGAACCUUUUCCCUUGCGGCGACUCCAUGGUCUGCAUCAUUGACGACCGCGAGGACGUGUGGAAGUUCGCGCCCAACCUCAUCACGGUGAAGAAGUACAUCUACUUCCAGGGCACAGGGGACAUCAACGCCCCUCCAGGGUCACGAGAGGCACAGAUGGCAAGAAAAGGUGGAGGCCAGGCCAGCAAGGCAGCAGAGAGCUCGGGGACGACAACAGCGACGGCGGGAACGUCGGCAGCAGAGGAGCACAACAACGGCCUCAGGAAACGGGGGAAGGACUGCAACAAUGGCGGCAGGGAGGAGUCGGCCGCACCCCCAACCACUCAGGAAACACCCGCCAACCAACGGACUCGGCCGGAGGAGUCUGCAGAGGGCGGGCAGGGGAGUGACGUGGCACAGGGGAGUGACGUGGCACAGGGGAGUGACGUGGCACAGGGGAGUGACGUGGCACAGGGGAGUGACGUGGCACAGGGGAGUGACGUGGCACAGGGGAGUGACGUGGCACAGGUAAGCGACAGCACGAAUGUGAAAGGAGAGGACGGCAGCAGGACUUUAGGAACCGGGGAAACCGCACAAGCCUCCGAUCCAGGACCGGAGGCCAACAACCUGGACUUUGACCUCUCCAGCGACAGCGACUCCACCAGGGACAAGCCCCCCUCGUCAGACAGCGACGUGGAGGGGAAGCUAAGCCGCUCCAGGAUACCCAAAGUGGAGGGAGGGGCUUCGGAGGAUUCUGCCCUCAAGGAGGUGGAGAACAACGGGAGCGGAGCAGCUGGCGAGAACAGCUCCGAGACGGGGGAACCUCCAGGAGUGGUUCUCCCGGACCCAGAGCUGGGGAACGGCUGCUCCGAGCCGGACAGGAGGGAGGCAGAGACGGAGUCCCAGAACAGCGAGCAGUCCGGGGUCACCAUGGGCGAGGAGUCCCUGGACCAGAGCAUGGAGGAUGAGGAGGACGACGAAGAAGAGGAGGCUGAUGUGGACCAGGACGACCACCUGAUCUACCUGGAAGGGGUUCUGGAGAGGAUCCAUGCCGAGUACUACGCCCGCUACGAGGCCUACCUGAGGAAGGAGAACGCCGAGACCCCAGACAUCCGGAAAAUCGUCCCAGAGCUGAAGAGCAGGUCUCUGGAGGGCACCACGAUCGUGUUCAGCGGCCUCUAUCCCACCAACUACCCCAUGGAGAGGACGCGCGAGUGCUACCACGCCAAGGCUCUGGGGGCCAAGAUUGGCAAGGGCCUCGUGCUCAGCUCCAAGGAGUCCGGAAGCACGACUCAUCUCAUCGCUGCACGUGCUGGCACAGAGAAGGUGCGUCAGGCCCAAGGCUGCAGGCACCUCCACGUGGUCAAUCCUGAUUGGCUGUGGGGCUGUCUGGAGCGCUGGGAGCGUGUGGAUGAAGUGCUGUACCCGCUGAAGGAGGACUACACCAAGACACAGCGGAGCAGCAGCCCGGCUACGUUCCCUGACGUUCACGGGGCCUUCCAGAACCCUCUCUACCACCCUGUCCCCAUCCAACACAAAGUCCAGCCCUCUGCGCCCGAGGUGCGAACGUACGACCCUGUCACAGGGAAACUGAACCGCAGGGGUCCUCAGGCCUCUCGUCCACCAUCUUACUUCCAGGCCCCAGGGUCGUCUCUGUCGAUGCCUGCUCAUGGAGAGCCGUCCUCUCACAGGGGUUCCCAGAAGCCUCAGCAGCAGGGCGAUGGGGCCGUGGCGGGGUCCAGCCAAGACGACGAGCAGCCGGGGCCGUCUCGCAGGAAACGUCAGCCCAGCAUGUCGGAGAGCAUGCCCCUGUACACUCUCUGCAAGGAGGACCUGGACAGCAUGGACAGAGAGGUGGACGACAUUCUGGGCGAGGAGAGCGAUAAUGAGAGCGAGGAGCGGGGGAAGAAGCUCGGAGAAGAGGAGGAUGAAGAGGAGGAGGCAGAGCGGUCACAGGCGGGCGCCUCGAGGACCCCAAAGGGAGAACAGCACGGCUCUCAGGCCCUCGGCACCGUCGUCAAGGAGAGGACGGAGACACGAUGGAGCGGGGAGGGCAGCCCGGCAGACAGUGUGUCGAGGGGACACAAACGAAAGCUUGACGAGGCCAAAGGAGAAGAGGACGCGGGCGACUCAGUGGACGAGUCCACCAAGGACUCCAACGAGGAGGAGGGCAGCAGCUCCGAGGCAGACGAGAUGGCCGCCGCCCUGGACGCAGAGCUCAAUGACUUCAUGUGACGUGGGCGAACGUGUUUGUCGAGAGAGACUUGGGGACCCCCAGUUGACGGGAAUAAUCCCAGCGAGUCCCCUUGAAUAUGUGGUACCUGCGGAUCCUAACUCUUAUCUCUGUGUGCUUUGGAAAUGUGUGUGUAGUUGGUAUGCGGUAUGAAUGUGUGCUGUAACAAAGUGAAUGUGUUGUACAAAAGAAAAUUGCCCCUAGCAGCAGAUGGUGUGUACAUGUAGAGCUAGAGAAUUUUUAGGUUUGAUAUAGAAAUUAUUGACAUGAAACACUUUAGUGUUGAUGUUUUAUCGCUCGCGAUAAAACGUCAGACAUCAAAUUUGAUAAUUUCGUUUUUACAUGGAUUUGCUUUUCUACGAUAACUUUUAUACAAGUUCAAAAAAUGAUGAAAUUCGUUGGUCAGAAAUGCCAAAGAGUUUGAAAACGGCUAAUCGAAGCCUGCAGCUAAACGUAUAUUGUACUCUGACUUCCUUUUUUUCCUCUCCUUUCUAUGGGGUACAUGUUGCUACCAGCAGAAAGACUAGACUCCUGAAUGUGUCUCAUUAGAUUUCAGAUUUUCCUCAAUUUCACAUGUUCCUUCUUUCCUAUGGUGUAUGGUUUCUCUCCAUACCUUGUGAGUAUCUUCAGAAGUGGUGACUGAGCCGGUGAGUCAAAUGACUGCAAUAUCAACCCAAAUUCAACCUCAGUAAAAGAGAAAAUCCAGCUGUCUACUCACUUAGUUGGCUGGGGCUGGAAAUGAAUGUUGCCCUGUGGCAGUCUUGAACCAAUUAUCUUGAUAUACUUUUUUUAUACACUAGCUGAUAAGCUUUUGUGGCAAAAAGGUUACAUAGGCAAGAAAAUCUCCACUAUUCAGCACUGCCUCUGCUCACUGGAGCUUUUAAUUGGCUGAGCCGUUAUGCUUUCAAGAUCACUACUCCUGAAUCACCUACUUCGGGUGAUUUUUUGAUAUGUCGCUGGUGGUUGCGCAUCUGUUCAACAGUUCAUCAGUUCAUCAGUGUCUCAAUCCAGGUUUGUGAUUGGUCAGGGGUGAAAGGUCAAGGUUUGAGGGUGUGUAACACUGUGUCACUGUGAUUCUGGGUCCUCAGUGUACCUCUCUGUGUGACCCUUACAACUGCCACUGUACAGUGUCACCUAAGCCUGCAUCAUACAGAACAUGAUUAGACUCUUCCAUUCCCCAUGUUGUAAAUGAGUCAACCCCCCUUCGAUUUCUUUGUUUUGAUUUUGUGUGGUUGUCUUGUUAUCAUUUUCAAUGAAAAGCGGGAUAUGUAAAGUAUUUGUAUAUUCUAUUUCAUACUUGACCUCACAGAAAAGAUACUUUUCAUCUAAUAAAGUUUUGUUUUAUAAAA